AUGAGAAUUUCGAAACCAUAUUUAAGAAGUACCUCCAUCCAGUGCUAUUUGUGUUUACUUCUACACAGCCAUUUUUUAACUGAGGCUGGCAUUCAUGUCUUCAUUUUGGGGUGCUUUAGUGCAAGUCUUCCUAAAACGGAGGCCAACUGGAGUGAUGUAAUAAGUGAUUUGAAAAAGAUUGAAAGUCUUAUUCAAUCUAAACAUAUUGAUGCUACUUUAUAUACUGAAAGUGAUGCUCAUCCUAAUUGCAAGGUAACAGCAAUGCAAUGCUUUCUUCUGGAGUUGAGGGUUAUUUCAUAUGAAUCCAGAAAUAAGACCAUUGAUGAAACAGUAGAAAACCUCAUCAUUAUAGCAAAUAGCAGUUUAUCUUCCAAUGGGGAUAUAAAAGAGUCUGGAUGUAAGGAAUGUGAAGAACUGGAGGAAAAGAAUAUUAAAGAUUUUUUAAAGAGUUUUUUACAUAUUGCACAAAUGUUUAAAAACACUUCUUGA